AUGAACAUAAAAAAGCGAAAACCGAAUCGGCUGAUUGUUGAUGACCCCGUAAACGAUGACAAUUCAGUUGUUUCUCUGUCUCAGGCGAAAAUGGAUGAACUGCAGCUGUUUCGUGGUGAUACCGUACUGAUCAAGGGCAAGAAGAGAAGAGAUACCGUUUGUAUCGCCUUAGUGGACGAUACCUGUCCUGAUGACCGUAUUCGUUUCAAUCGCUGUGUGCGGAACAAUCUGCGAGUACGGUUGGGUGAUAUUGUCACGAUUCAAGGAUGUCCGGAAGUGGGGUAUGGCAAGCGAAUUCACGUCCUUCCCAUUGACGAUACAAUCGUGGGUAUCACUGGUAAUCUGUAUGAAGUCUAUUUAAAGCCUUACUUCGUGGAGGCAUAUCGUCCCGUGCGGAAAGAUGAUAUCUUUAUUGUACGUGGUGGUAUGCGGGCGGUUGAAUUCAAGGUGAUCGAGACCGAUCCGUCUCCUUACUGUAUUGUCGCACCUGAGACAAUAAUACAUACUGAGGGUGAUCCUGUCAAACGAGAGGACGAAGAUGAGAAGCUUAACGAGAUUGGUUACGACGAUAUCGGUGGAUGCCGAAAACAGCUGGCACAAAUCAAAGAGAUGGUGGAGCUUCCACUCAGACACCCUCAACUCUUCAAAGCGAUUGGUGUCAAACCGCCCAGAGGGAUUUUGUUGUAUGGCCCACCUGGCACAGGAAAGACGCUGAUUGCCCGAGCAGUUGCCAAUGAAAGUGGAAGCUUCUUCUUCCUUAUUAAUGGACCCGAAAUUAUGUCAAAAAUGGCCGGCGAAUCCGAGUCGAACCUUCGUAAAGCGUUCGAGGAGGCAGAGAAAAAUGCACCAGCAAUCAUAUUUAUUGAUGAGCUAGAUGCCAUCGCGCCGAAACGCGAGAAGACUCAUGGAGAAGUCGAACGUCGAAUCGUUUCGCAACUCCUGACUUUAAUGGAUGGCCUCAAACAACGGAGUCACGUCAUUGUUAUGGCAGCUACUAACAGACCAAACAGCGUAGACCCGGCACUACGUCGCUUCGGACGUUUCGACCGGGAGAUCGAAAUUGGCAUACCUGAUAGCAUUGGACGACUUGAGAUUCUUAGGAUUCACACGAAAAAUGUCAAACUAGCCGAUGAUGUGGAUUUGGAACAGAUUGCCAAUGAGGCCCAUGGUCACGUGGGAGCUGAUUUGGCAUCAUUGUGCUCUGAAGCUGCACUACAGCAAAUUCGAAAUAAGAUGGACCUAAUUGAUCUAGAAGAUGAUACAAUCGAUGCGGAAGUCCUCAAUUCGCUCGCGGUCACUAUGGAUGACUUCAGAUGGGCCCUUGGGAAGAGCAACCCAUCAGCACUGCGAGAAACUACCGUUGAAGUGCCUAAUGUCACCUGGUCUGAUAUUGGAGGUUUGGAGAAUGUCAAAAGAGAGCUGCAAGAGUUGGUGCAAUAUCCCGUUGAGCACCCUGACAAGUUCCUCAAGUUUGGUAUGACACCGAGCAAGGGAGUAUUGUUUUACGGUCCCCCUGGCUGUGGCAAAACCCUCCUGGCUAAGGCGAUUGCUAACGAAUGCCAGGCAAAUUUCAUUAGCAUCAAGGGUCCGGAACUGUUAACGAUGUGGUUUGGUGAAUCAGAGGCCAAUGUUCGCGAUAUAUUUGACAAGGCUCGACAAGCCGCGCCAUGUGUUCUCUUCUUCGAUGAAUUGGAUUCAAUAGCAAAGGAUGGGGACCGCAUGAUCCUCACUGCACCUGGUUGGAGACCCUGUAAGUUGCGACUGCUAAUCGAUGUCAGUUCCCAUCCAGAUAGCCUGAGUAAUUGUUUAGAGGCUCGUGGUGGGAGUGUUGGGGAUGCCGGUGGUGCUGCUGAUCGGGUAAUCAACCAACUUCUCACUGAAAUGGAUGGUAUGUCAUCGAAGAAAAAUGUUUUCAUCAUCGGUGCCACUAACCGACCUGAUAUUCUUGAUGGUGCUAUUCUGCGUCCUGGCCGUCUUGACCAACUCAUUUACAUACCGCUACCCGAUGAGAAGUCUCGCAUUAGUAUUUUCAAGGCGAAUUUGAGGAAGUCACCGGUUGCUAAGGAUGUGGACAUCGCUUAUCUUGCCAAGGUCACUCAGGGCUUCUCAGGUGCCGACCUUACGGAAAUAUGCCAACGGGCAUGUAAACAAGCGAUUCGUGAGUCAAUCGAAGCAGAGAUCCGCGCGGAACGUGAACGCCAAGCACGACCAAAUGCCAUGGAAGAUGAUAGCGAUCCCGUACCUGAGAUUACACGCCGUCACUUCGAGGAGGCUAUGCGCUUCGCCCGACGGUCAGUAACAGAAAAUGACGUACGGAAAUACGAGAUGUUUGCACAAACACUUCAGCAGUCGCGGGGCAUCGGAACUAACUUCAGGUUCCCAUCUGAAGGGGCACCGAGCGGUACGCCAGGUUCGGGCAGGCCGGGAGCUGGUGCUGGCGGUCCUGGAUUUGGAAACACUGAUGCUGAGGAUCUGUACAAUUAAGCGCCCCAUCACCCUACUUUCUCCUUGACUUACCCUGGCGACCUCAGGCACACAGUUUUGUUUGCCGAUUCGGAGUCUUGCUUUUUAACUGUCCGGUCAGCGGUCCUGAAAUUUCUUCCGACCUUUCAAUUUCCAACCUGAAGACUUGGUCAGAACGUGUUCAACAUCUAAUUUUUCAUAUAUUCAUUUAUUGUUCCGCGUUUCUCAUUUGAAAUUCGAAUACAGUCCGAAUAGGCUGGAUAAC